ACUGAUUGCAUGGACCUCAACUUAACUGUAUUAACCAAAAUACUUAUUUGAAUAUUAGUAGAUCGCCCUUCACUCAUGCAUUCUUCCCAUUCAAUAUCUCACGCCACCAGCUGCAGCCCCACAUGCUGACAGUGUGCGGCGCCUUACGUGUCCAAUACAAUGAGGGAGGUCUCCAAGAACAAAAUAUUGGAUCCUUAACCUUACAAAUACCAUCCAUCCACCACUUUUCAAUUCCAUUUCGUUCUCCCUCACUCGAGCACAAGCCUCGAUGGCUCAACAAUUUGUCAACACGGUUUACUACCCCUCCUGGCAAAUUUACAAGGGUUGUCCGCCAUCAGCACUGCAGCAUCAGUUUAUCACGCACAUCUUCUACGCAUUUGCCCGUGUAAACACCGAUGGAACGUUGCGGCUUCUCGAUCCCAAGGCCGAUCUGCAACUUCCUGUGGAUGGCAAACAAGGUUGUCUCGCCGCGCUAUCCAAACUAAAGGAGCAGCAUCCCCAAAUCAAGACCUUGCUAAGUGUCGGUGGGGGGAGUGGGAGUGCUGACUUUCCCGCUGUGGCUGCGGAUUUUAAUUGCCGCGAAGCAUUUGCAAGGACAGCUCGCGAGUUUGUGGACCGCUUCUCGCUGGAUGGAAUAGAUCUUGAUUGGGAACACCCUACAACGGCAUCACAAGGCGCUGAUUACAUCCAGCUACUGGGGGCGAUCAGGCGUGCGCUGCCAUCACCAACAUACCAGCUCACUUCCGCUUUACCAGUGGGCCAGUAUUGUCUCAAAAACAUCAACCUGUCGGCCGCGGCCCAACAGUUAGACUUUCUAAACCUGAUGGGAUACGAUUUCGCCGGGCCCUGGAGUGAGCUCUCGGGCCACCAUUCGCAAUUGUUUACUCCGCAAGGCGGACACCCUUCUCUUAAAAAGUCCUGCAGUGGAGGUGUCGAGUAUGUCCUGUCACAGGGCUUUCCGCCUAACAAGUUAGUCUUGGGUAUUCCAGCUUAUGCAAGACGCUUCCGGGGUGCAACGGAACCAGGGCAGACUUUCCAGGGGGGUGAUGAGAUCGAGUAUAAAGACAUUUCCAAAGAGUGGAUUGAGAAGGCGCAAGUAGAUCGGGUACUGGGCGCGGCGUAUCAUGUCGAUGGGGAUUCUUUCGUUUCAUUUGACAUUCCAGAGACUGUACGGAUGAAGGCUCAAUUCGUGAAGGAUCUUUCCCUAGCAGGUCUCUUCUACUGGACCGGAGUUGGGGAUACAAAGGAAUCGAGCAGUUUAGUAAGGGCAGGCUCCCAAAAACUUUUGG